AAGGCACACCCAUUUGGCCUGGGCUGUGAGUUCUCGUCGCCAUGGAGCCCAUGGCCUUCGAGACCUCGGGCCCCGGCACUGACUCCGCGGACUUCUACCGCACCUUGGCAGAUGAGCUCUCCACCUUGUCGCGCCUCAGCGCCGAGAUCCAGUGGGCCCCCGACGUGCCGCUGCGCGCCAAGCGGGAGAGCCGAGCCGCGCUCGCGUCUACGCCGGCGCCCACGGGCCGCCUGCCGCGGCCGGCGGCAAAGGCGCCAGCCAAGGGACCGCCGCCCGCAAGGCCGGCGCCGGCGCCGGUGGCGCCGCCGGCGGUGGCGCCGAAUACGGCGGCGCUGGCGACGGAGGUCUCCACCAAGAAGCCCGCGCACCUCUCCGCGCUCCGCACCCGGCCCCUGCCGUCAACGGCUGGCCGCACCGGCCGGGGCAACCGGCAGCCCACGCCCAGCGGCGGCGCCGCCGCAAGCGGCGCGGGUUCGCUGGGCCGACGCCUGCGGUUGGGCGCGGCAUCCCAGCGUUAAUGGGCCGUGUUUUGAUUGAUUUCC